AUGACAUUUUACAUAACCUCACUUAGGCCCAAAUUUUAUAAUUUCAAGUCAAUAACCAGAAAUAAAGUGGCCCCAAAGUAACACGGGUGUGGUCCUGGCCGAAAAUAGCGACCCCACUUCUCAAUCAAUUCAUAAUUAAGAUUCUGAUUUAGUAAAUGACGUUUAACAUAACCUCACUUUCGACCAAACAUGAAUAAAGUGAAGAAAAAUGACCCCAAGGUAACUCUUGUGAGAAACACUGAGCUUCCGGUGCCCAAAACGAAGCUUGUGAUUGAGGGGAACCACAAAAAUGUGGGGAAAAAGAAAAAUUGUAAAGUUGCACCAAAACAGAGUGAGUCAAAUUUUGAGUUCCCUCAGCUUAAUUCGGUCUUGAAAAUAACGGAAAAAAUGGAAAGGGUCAAAAGUGCGACAAACGUCAAGGUUUCAAAUAUAGCAUUUAGUGAAAAGAUGACGAGAAAAGUGAAUUUUCCUUCAGAUAAACCAAUUUAUAAGGAUUUGAUACCACUAGAGGUGCCUUCUAAAUCACCACCUGUCAUAACAUCACGGGAACCUCUCCCGCAAAAAGACAGAGAACCGAUUUUAUCAAAUUAUGUGAAACCCCCAGAAAGUAGGGAAUUUUAUUACCAACCUACACCAAGACUGGAAUCUCAACCACCACAAUCCGGGUUUAGUAACUUGCGUCUUUACAAAUUAAUACAAAGUCAUCAAUAAACGUUUAUUCAAGUUGAAAAAUGACAUUUAAAUCUUUUUUGC